GGAUUCAAAAUUUGCACGUUCAUCUUCAAAAAAAAAACAGCAAACACUGAAAGGGUAUUGACUCUCGUAUCUCUUGGUAUUCAUAUUAUGUUUCGUAAUCUUUAUGGCAUAACUAAAGUUGCCCAUCUUCGAUGUCAUGAAACUGCUCUAACCAGUACAUGCUUCUUUUUUAUUUUAUUACUUUAACCCGAGUGGCGGAAACAUCAAGGGUCAAGUGCAUGUGAUUAAAUUCAAAACACCAGCUUCCGUGAAAAGAAAUAAAAAGGAACCCUAAAUAAAAAACUCAAAAUACGGGGAGAAAACACCACAAAUAAAGUAAGCGCUAUGUGGGUGUGUGUAGUUGUUAAAAGAAAAGCUUAAAAUCCUGAGAGCAAUCAGAUUUCGAGAUAUAAUUUUACGGUUCGAUUAAAGAAUAGGAUUUAGUUUGUAAUUGGAGACUUAGAUUUGAGGCGAGUUUGGAGUUCCCACUGGCUAGUCUUGUCCAUUUCGUUUAAAAUUAUUUUUAUUUUCUUUUAUCACAUUCGAUAAAGUCCUGGAGUGUCCAGUUUCUUCAGUUUACCAGUAACAGCUAAACUUCCUCGCAGUAAUUAUAUCCAGAAAGUUUUAAAUCCAUGGCACAACAAAGAAAAUAUGUUCUUAAAGUGGUACUUUGUCUAUUUAUUUGUUUGAUCAGUAGUCAUGGACACCAUUUACAUAGCAGCUCUCAUCUUCAAGAAACUCCACAAAAUUUUACUGGCCAUAAGUUGUACGGAUUAUUUGCAAGUGAUGAAGACGAACUAAAAUUUUUAAAAGAACUUCAGUAUUCCGGAGAAGUAGAUGUUUGGAACGAACCGAUUGCUGUAUAUGAAAAAGUCAAUGUCCACGUUCCUCCAUCGUUGUCCAAAGAAUUGGAAAGCAAAUGGAGAUCUGAGGGCAUAGAUUUUUACUUAGUUUCGGACAAUUUGCAAAAGUGGAUAGAUGAGGAAAGGGAAGCCAAUCCUGUUGACGAUGAAAUAACAGGGCGACAAGAAGAUUUUCAACUGGAUAUCUAUCAUACAUUUGAUUCGAUAAGUGCAUAUAUCGAUACAACAGCUACUCGUUAUGCAAAGAUAGCUUCUGCAAAGUCCAUUGGAACGACAUUCGAAGGAAAUCCAAUAAAGGGUUUGAGGAUAGGUGCUCCAGGAGUCAAUAAACCAGCUAUAUGGAUAGAUUCCGGAAUCCAUGCUCGAGAAUGGGUUGCUCCAGCCACUUCUCUCUACAUCAUUUCUCAAUUGGUGAAGGGUUAUGACACAGAUCCAGAGAUCAAAGACUUGGUAGACAGCUAUGAUUGGUACAUCUUUCCUGUUAUCAACGUGGACGGCUAUAAAUACACGUGGACAUUUAACCGAAUGUGGAGAAAGAAUAGGUCGCAAUCAAGCCGUUUUGGACCAAGUAUGUUCUGCCGAGGUGCCGAUCCAAACCGAAAUUUCGGUUCAGCAUUUGGAGGACCAGGAACUAGUGGAGACUCGUGUUCGGAGAUAUACAGGGGUGCAUCUGCAUUUUCAGAGGCUGAAAGCUCUGCCAUUCGAGAUGGUCUAAAAGCUUUAGGGAACAGAGUAAAAGCUUACUUUACUCUGCAUGCUUACUCCCAAUUGUGGAUGACUCCAUAUGGGCACAGUCGAGCUAAUCCACCUCAUUACGAUGAGCAGAUGAAUGCUUUAAAAAUAGCCCAUGCUGCAAUCACAGGCACUCAUGGUGAAUAUUACAAGUACGGACCGAUUGCAACCACAAUAUAUCCGGCCGCGGGAUCUUCCGUGGAUUGGGCUUAUGAAGGUGCAAAUGUGAAAUACAGUUUCGCUAUAGAACUGAGGGACACCGGCAGACAAGGUUUUUUGCUUUCCAACACCCAAAUCAUACCUACUGCAGAAGAGAACUUUAAUGGAAUCAAAGCAGUGGCAAAAAUGAUUAAAAAUGAAGUGUGAAUUUUUAUUCCCAGUUGUGUUAUUUAUUAAUUUAUUUAUUAAUUUGAUAUUGCUAUUUAUUUAUUUUAAUGCACUUUGAAAGAUAA